AUGUAUGUAUUUCCAGUUAAGAUUUCACUAUCAAUACUAGUAGUUACAAAAGCUGUGCUCCCUUGCUCUCCUGUGCUGUGGACAAGUGUGCUGCUAGCAACAUGGGAAAUAGUCCUCAGAGACAAGCCACCCUGCUUCAGAGCCUUUAGGCAUGAUACGAAUCAGACCAUAGGAGGAAACUGUACUGACAAGAGAAUAACCUGGGCCUCCAGACCUGACGAGAAUCUUGCCCUUCAGAUCUAUCCAGUGGUCAUCACUCAUGAUGGGAAUUACACGUGUCAAAGAGUAACAAGUGAUGGGAAUUUCCAUCAUGAGUAUCACCUCCAAGUGUUAGGUAAGGAACAUCAUAUAUUGACGUGUUUCAGAUAA